CUCCGCGCGCGGGGGAUGAGGGGGGAGUAUUCAGACCCCGCCCUUACGUCACUACUCCCUCGCGCCGCCGCGCCAGGUACGCGUGCGCCGUGGCCCCGCCUCCGCCGGGCCACUCGCUUCAGGUUUACCCGCGCGUUAGUGUCCCUUUUGCUUGGCUGCCUGGCGGUCUCCCACGUGCGCGCCCACCGCCUUCUCACAGCCAUGACUUGGCGAGGACCUCCCGAGGGUGGCGCGCUGGGGCUGCUGGCCCUGGCCCUGGCCCUGUGCGCGCGCGGGGCGCCGGGCCGGACGCUGCUGUGGCACUCGGCCGUGGUGGGCCUCGAGUACGCCGACCUGCGCACUAACCGCACGGUGCGCAGCGUUUUUGAGAGCAGCCGCUUCAGCGAGGGCUCCCCGCGCGCGCCCCGGCGCGGCCUGGUGGGCGUCCCGCGCGCGCCGGGCGGGGACCCCGGGGGCUGCGCGCCGGACGCGCGCUUCCUCGCACCCGCACCCGGGCCCGCCGUCCCCUGGGUGGCCCUGGUGGCGCGCGGGGACUGCCCGUUGCGGGGCCGGGUACUGGCGGCGGCGCGCGGGAACGCCUCGGCGCUGGUGGUGUACGACGAGGAACACGGCGGGGACCUGGACGCCACGCUGGCCCACGCGGGCACAGGAAAUAUAGUGGUCAUUAUGGUUAGCUACCCAAGAGGAUGAGAAAUUUUGGAUCUGUUACAAAAAGGAAUCCUAGUAAAAAUGACCAUACAGAUUGGAACCAGUCAUAUGCAGCUCAUUGACAGUCAUCAGCCUUUUGUUUUUGCACUCAUCACUGUAAUGAUUAUCUCAUUAGCCUCGCUAAUAUUUUACUGUGCACAGUAUUUCUUAUAUACUGGCUCACCAUUUAAAAAUAGCUACAGAAAAGAAACUAAGAAAGUUAUUGGCCAGCUUCCACUUCAUACUGUAAAGGAUGGAGAAAAGGGUAUUGAUGUUGAUGCUGAUAACUGUGCAGUGUGUAUCGAAAAUUUUAAAGUCAGCAAUCUUAUCAGAAUCCUGCCAUGCAAGCAUAUUUUUCAUAGCACAUGCAUUGACCCAUGGCUUUUGGAUCACCGAACAUGUCCAAUGUGUAAACUUGAUGUCAUCAAAGCCCUGGGAUAUUGGGGAGAGCCUGAGGGUGGGCAGACACUGCCCGCUGCAGAGUCUGGCCCUGGAAGUGUUUCUGCUGAAAUGCUGAGUGCAGCAUUCCCUGGUGAAGACAGAAGUAUUGGCAGCAACCUGCCAUCAUCUUCAUCAUCCUCGUCACCAUCCACCAGUGAAUCUGGGCUUCAGUGCACUGUCACGUGUGCCAAGGACUCGGGAAAACACAGCAUUGCUAGGUGACAGUGUGAAGGAGGCAGCAUGUCUGUGACACCAAGUCUGCGACACCAAAGCUUGCUGUGGUUUCCUGCCCACCCACCUGGCUUCUUCACUCUGCCGUUCUGCUUGGCAUGCCCUGUUUCCCAGCAGAAAACACACGGCCACAGAACUGUGAGCACGGGGUCCCACUGGCAGGUCAUUUGAAGAUGUUGGAAGUUGGAACUAAAGAAAAAAAUCCCAAGAAUUCAAGGUGUUUUGUUUAAAUUGCGUUAAACUCGUUUAAUUACACUUAAAAUGAUUUGAAUCUCAAGAUUAUAGUUUUACUUCAGGUAGAUGGUCUUUUUUGAGAUGUCUUAUUUUGCUGCUCCUGGUUUCCAACUCCUAAAUUCAAGUGAUCCUUCUCACUCAGCCUCUUGAGUAGCUGGACUGCAGAUACAGGCAUCAUGUCCAGCUUAUUUUACUUUUAAAUAUGUCUAAACAAGAGACUUUGUGCUGGACUCAUCUACUCAGGAGGCUGAGGCAGGACACAAGUUCACGUCCAGCCUGGACAACUUUGUGAGAUCCUGUCUAAAAAUUAAGACUGGAAACAUAGCUCAGUGGUAGUGUUUGCCUAGCAUGUGAGCCCCUGGGUUUAGUCCCUGACACUGCACUAAAAAUAAAAAAAAGCCUGCUUGGUGGUGGUAUAA